GACACUGGCGGAGUUACUUCGUUCUUUAAUGAAGUUUUUUACAUGUACAUCCCAACCUGAAUGUAAGCCAGGGCGGGGUCAGCCAGCUGCGACUUCCGGCAUGCGCUAUUCAUUUGCAGUCUGGGCACGGAGGGAUGAACAUUUCCCGCUCUGACUGGGCCGUCUGUGAGUGCUUUGGUACGGGGGUGGCUCCAAAAGUCUCCAGUAACACCAGAAAAAGUCGCUAGUCGCUUUUUUGAAAAUGUGUCGCUAAGAGGGGUCCGACCAAGUCGCUAAAUUGGCAACACUGCAUUGGUCACCACGCAGACUAACAGACAUCUCAUUAUCGCUCGCGAUAUUUGGCUGGCCAGAAAGUCGAAACGCAUUUCAUGGGAUGUCCGAACUCUGACGUCAGCGAAUUGAACAAUCAUUGGGCUGCAGGAGAAUUCAAAUCGUCUUGUAAGCGGUCGAAAAAAACGAAGAUUUUAAUUGUGGUGGUUCUGUUCCCUUUUGACUGCAUGGUGGCAAGAUGUGUACUUCAGGAGACGAUGAGAUCCAGCGACUACAAUGCAAGUUGAAGGAAGCAGGCCAAUAUGGCCUUCAGCUGCUGGAUGGGCAGCUGGAUCUACAGAACAAACUGGAGGAGCAGCGGGUAGAGAUGACCAACGCUGUGGAGGCCCUGGAGCAGGAGAAAUACUCCCUGCAGCGGGAAGUGGCGCUGAAAUGCCGUGAGCUGGACAGCUUGCGCUCCGACCACGACUCGAUCAAGAGCCAACAGAGGCUGCAGUGGGAGCAACAUGAAUCCCAGCUGGAGAGGAAUCAUGCUAUGAAGCUCAAUGAGUGCAAGAACACGAUGGAGAGAAUGAGAUCUGAACUGGAUGAGGUGCAGCUGAGUGAGAAGCAGCUGAGGCAUAAACUGGAGCUCCAGACAGAGACCCUGAGCAUCAAGAUGGAGGAGCUACGAUCUGUCACAGAGCGGACUCAUGAAACCCUGUCCACAGAGAUGAUGGAAUUGCAGGUGGAGAGGAUGGAGCUUGAGGCUGCUAAGGCUACCUUGGAGCUGGCACUUCAGGAGGCCCAGUACAAAGAGCAGCAGCUGGAGCUGACUAACACAAACCUUCAACGUCAACUGGAGAGAAUCAGUGAGGAGAAAGGAGAGUGUGAGAGAGAAGCUGUCUCCUGUUUCAACACCUUGGAGAAAGCCCGAGAGGCCAACCAAGAUCUCCAGAUUCAACUGGAUCAGCUGUUGCAACAGGCACAAGAUCCCAACAGCAAGGGAAAUUCUUUAUUUGGUGAGCUUGAAGACAAACGAGCAGAGAUGGAGAGACAGCUGAUCAGUAUGAAAGUACAGCACCAAUCCCUUCAGAAGCAGCAUGCCGUCUCCAAACAACAGCUUCAUCGUAUGAAGGUUCAGAUAGCCACACUCAUGCAACUGCAAGGCUCUAGGACAGAUCCUGCCCAGCUGGAGCGCCUGCAGUCGAUGCUCUCAGAGAAGAACAGUGAGAUUCAAGCCCUCAUUAUAAAACUACGUCGCCUGGAGAAAGUGGAGAUGACAUGGAAGGCACAGCCCUCUUCAGCCCCGGUGGAAACAGACAGUGGGGAUGGGACAUACUACACUGACCUUCUGAAAAUGCAACUUUCGAACUCUGUGAAGGAUGCAGAGCGACUGGGGGAUGAGUUGUCUAUGCAAAGGAUGAAGUCACUCUCUGAGAGUCAAAGAGCACUGGAGCUGGAGAGGAAGCUUUUCCGUGCAGAGAGUGCCCACAAGCAGAGCCAGAGUGACAACAUCAUGCUGCAAGUCAAAGUGGAAGAGCUCCAGUUGAAAUAUGAGCCCAAUGAGGUGAAUAGAAAACAUAUUCAGAAGCGCAAGCGCGAGAAGCUCCCUGUAGACAUUCCAGAAGUGAAGAAAGAGGAGCCCAUGGUACUGGAGCUCCCCAAGCACAUGAAAGAAGAAAUGGAAGCAGAGGCCCACCCUUUUACAGAGGAGAGGCUCACCGUUGCCCCUCUGCAGCCCCCCAACAACCCCAAGCCUAACUCUACCUUGACCCGAGACAGCAAGUGUGUGCGCAUCUGCGAGGAGCCCCCAACCACUAUCCCCAACCCCCCCAGGUCUCCAUCAGCUGACUGUAAAACCAUGACUGAGGAGCUGGAGAUGGAGAAAGAAGGUGAAGAGAACAGAAGGGAUGACAAGAGAAGGCUGAAAUCUCAAGUCAUCCAUGUUUCCUCGCAGAAAACACUGGAAAACCAAUGUGCUCAGCAGUAGACUGAAGUCUACACUUUUUAUAUUCCUUCAAUGAAAUACUAACAUUGGAGUAUAUUUUAAAAUGUGUUUUAAUGCAUUAAUAAAAUGAAGACAAUCUGGA